CCUUUUUAUGGAGGGCUUUUCCUCCCCUUUAUCCCAUAAGCUCCCAUCCAUGCUGAGAGGUUUACCAGCUUUGCUAAGGGCGCUGUCGCCAUCUCAUCCACCACCCAGAAAACAGCGCAAUGCCACGUGUGCAAGGAGCACCUUCUGGUGCCCCAGGAGGGGAGAACCUUCCACAAGGGGCCGAGAGAAACUGAGGCUUUGAGCGUGAGGAGGGCAGGAGGAACCUCGCCAGGCUCGGGGAAGUCUCAGCUGAGUCACGGCUCAGAAAAUGGCGUUUUGUUGGGAAAUGCACCGCAUCCCCGGCUCUGCUCCGUCCGUCCCUCUGCUGAGCGCCGCCGGGCAGCAGCAAAGCGUGGAGCUGCGAUGGCACAGCAGGGCUGCCCAUCAGCCACGGCGGGGAUGGCUGCGUUCCCCCGGCGGAUUUAGCAGCCAUCUAUAGGAACCUUCAGCUCAGGAGCGCCCGACAAGUUUGAACAGAAAGCCCCGCACCGCUCUGGGAGCAGCAUUGGGCCAGCGAGCCCUUUGAUUGCGAUCAGCCAGCUGGCAGGAAUCCCAGGCACUCGCACAAAAAUGCUUUGAAGCGGCCAGAUGCACAAAGGUGUGUCCCUGUGAGCGUGUGGGGCGCGGAGCGGUGAUUCACGGCAUCGCCAUGCGGUGCUCGGGCUGCGCACACGCAGCGCUGAAGGGCCGCGUCCCCCCCUCGCUCCCCAUCUGCCCGUUUUGGGGUUGAACUCUCCAACGUUCUGCCCGUCGCUCCCCGUAUCCGGCUCGGGUUUUGUUCCUUCUCAGCCUCCCCGAACCGCCGCAGUGCCUGCGAGCUCCAGACAGGGAGGCAGACAGGGAAUGCGCUCCAGGCGCUUGCAGAUGUAAGCUCUGCUGCACUGGGCUUGCUGGGAUGACACUCACCGUGCCCUGCUAAGUAAGCAUCCCCGGCCCGUGAUUCAGGGCAGAAGCAGCACAGAGGCGCAGCGAACUCCUUUAUUUAAGUACCUUUUGCUCUUUCAGAGUCGGGUUUGGGAUCUCUUGCAGAAUCCUGGGAGAUUCCCUCCCUUGGGCUAAACAAUGCAAACUCACCCUGAAGAAACCAUUGUUUCUUGAAAGCCUCUGUAAGCUCCCCAUGCCUGCCCCGGCCCUGCAGCCCAGCUCAGCAGUUCGGGCGGGUUAUGAAACAGGGCAGAUGCCGGAGCAGCAUUUCUAUUAUCCGCCAGCAAAUGAUGGGAUGCGGUAACCGCUCUGCUCUCCCGUGCAGGGAUGGGGUGAGGGCUGCUCCUCGCCGAGGGGGAAAUGACAUUACAGGUUUGCAAGAGCUGGACACUUUGUUGUGCAGAAGCCACCUGACGCUGACAGCCUAUCAUUGAUUUGCGAAAGCAUCGCUUGGCAUCGAUAAGAAGCUUCCAGGAGAAAGAAGUAGGGCGCAGGAAAGCAACAACAUUCAGCUUUUGCUUUGCUGUUCCUUAUCCAGAGUGGGAGCACGGUGGACACAGCAGAAAGUCUUUCUUGUGUUGCUUGGGUAUUGUGGUCUUGGGCAUGGUCUAAGACCGUGGCUGUGUGACAGAGCUCGUCCCUUGGGUGAGGUGUUGGGACCCUGGGGAAGGAGAACCAGCAAUGAUUCAACUCCAGGUGCUCUUGCUCUGAGUCUUAAUGAGGGGUCCAGCAUCUGUGAGCUGACAGCACCGGGCCUGUGGGUGCUGCUCCCUCAAGUGAUGACUGUUGGGGUUUCUUCUAGUAGGAACUCUCUCCAUGGCAGUGCACAAAAAUCUGCUCCUCCUGUCCUGUGCCAAGGGGUCCCAAGAAGCUUCAGCCCCACAGGUCCUCUCCUUGGCCUCCCUCCACUGCCCAUGGCUGGGCAGGAGCACUGUCAGCACUGCUGUGACCUGAAAUCCCACCAACUUUAAGGGCUUUGAUUCUCUGCAUAGGACUCCACAGCAAUGAGAAACCUUUCAGAGCCAAAACUCAAUGCGUGACUCCUCAUCUUGCUGGGUCCUUUUGUGUUCUUCUUGCAAAAAAUCCUCCCUUCCUCCACACUACCCCAAGCCACUUGCAUAGAUGGCCCCAGUGCUUUGCCUGUGGGCUGUCCUGACUCAUCCAUGGGGGCAAGCCAGGCUGUAAGGCGGUCACUGCCAAUGGUGUGAUCCCUGUUGGGAAGGGGUCUCAUCCCCAGAACAUCAGCUGCCUGCGGGGGUCCACAAAACCCCCAUUAGGUGCAGUGCAGAUCCUGGGCUCUGGAGACUGGAUUUGCAGCUGUGCAGCUAGAGGAUGAUGAGGUGGACAGACAGACAAAGUUGGGAGCAUCACCCAGAUCCCCCAUUGGAACAGGACGUGGUGUGCAGCACUGCUCCCCUGACCCACAGCGCUGCCUCCCAGCACAGCCAUCCCCACGCCCUCAGCACUGGGGCACCAUUUCAACCCAACUUACACCAAGGGGAUUAAACGCCAUGAGCAAGCCAUGUGGGAGACCCUCCAUCCCACCACCCCACACCCACCCAGCAGCACCCGCCCCUCUCUCACCCUCACCCCCUUUUUCCUCCAGGAUCCCCCAUCCUGGGGGGCAGAGCUGGGGGUGAGGGCAGCAGAGCUGUGCGCCCUGCGGGGCCGCGAGCGGCGGCGGCGGCGGGGAGCGCGUGGGUGUGUGCAGGCAGGGCUGUAUAUCCAGUCUGGCAGAGGGUGUGCCUGCUCACACGGCGGGGAGCAGAGCUGGGAGAAGGAGCCCUGAGACACGCUGGGCUUGGGGACGUAUGGCAAGGAGGGGUUCGGGAGAUUAACCCCAAAAAGAGACGCGGUCGCUGUGGCAUUGCGUGGUGCGCGUGGUCAGGUGCAGAGCAGCUCCCCGUCCCCUGUGGUUUGCAGCCAUGCUUCACUCUCCGCUGAAAACGGCGUUGGCAUACGAGUGCUUCCAAGACCAGGCCAGCUCCACGCUGGCCCUGCCCUCGGAUCACAAGCUGAAAACGAAGGGCACGGGAAAACAGCGGGUCCAGGAGCAAGUGAUGAUGACGGUGAAGCGGCAGAAGCAGAAGUCGUCGGUGUCAUCGAGCGUGGGGCACUCCAACAGAGGUUCCAUGUACGACUGUGUAGCUGAUGGUUAUGGCUACGGGACGUCCCGGGGCAGUUAUUACACCAAAACCCAAAUGGGAAACAGCAGCUGGGGAUAUCCGCUGUACAACGGGACCCUGAAGCGGGAUGCUGAGAACCGGCGCUACAGCUCCUACAGCCAGAUGGAGGGCUGGGGCAGCAAGCACUACAGCAAGGCAGUCUGCAGCCCCAACAGGGCCGGCAGCGACUACUGCUUUGUGCAGAACAUCAAGAGCAGCCGGAGCGAGCCCGACCUCUACUGCGAACCACCGCGGGGCACGCUGAGGAAGAGUCAGGUCGGGGGUCGGGCAGAGCACAAGGCAACCUUGAACCGCCAGAGCAUCUACAGCAGCUGUAGCACCCAGCAAGGAACUACCAGGACAAGUAAAAAAAUGCCUGCACGGGCUCUCUCCUGCCCCUCCAGCAACAAGCCCGACGUGGUCUAUGCCCAGCCCGUGAUGAGCUGCAAGCAGGAUGCGGUUUAUGGACAGGCUCAGUCUGGCUCCAAAAUAUGUGGUGACGAGAUAGAUGGUGGCACAAUGACCAUCCAGAAAGCCAUACAGUUCCUGUGCUCCUCUGAUGACAAAUACCAGGCCAUGGGGGCUUAUUACCUCCAGCACACCUGCUUCCAGGAUGAGUCUGCCAAACAAGAGGUCUAUCGGCUCGGGGGAAUUGCCAAGCUGGUUGAGCUGCUCCGCAGCACGAACCAAAACGUACAGCGGGCGGCAGCCGGAGCCCUCCGGAAUUUGGUCUUCAGGAAUCCAACCAACAAGAUAGAAACCCGGCGGCAGAACGGGAUAAGGGAGUGUGUGAGCCUCCUGAGGAGGACGGGGAACACCGAAAUUCAGAAGCAACUGACAGGUCUGCUCUGGAACCUCUCCUCCACUGAUGAAUUAAAAGAGGAGCUGAUACAAGAGGCCCUCCCCGUCUUGACAGACUGUGUUAUCAUCCCUUUCUCUGGCUGGUCUGAUGGUGGCUGCAACAGGACAAGGGAAAUUAUCGACCCCGAAGUUUUCUUCAAUGCCACAGGGUGCUUGAGAAACCUCAGUUCUGCAGACAUGGGACGUCAGACCAUGCGAAAUUACCCUGGCUUGAUCGAUUCUGUCAUGACCUACGCCCAGAACUGCGUGGCUUCUAACCGACCCGAUGACAAGUCUGUGGAGAACUGCAUCUGCAUCCUGCACAACCUCUCCUACCGCCUGGAUGCUGAAGUUCCCAACAAAUACACCCAACUCAACCACAUGGCCCGGAGCGUUUACAUGGACAAAACUCUCACAGGCUGCUUCAACAGCAGGAGUGGCAAAAUGGAGAAUGAUGAGUAUGGUGUCCCUCUCCCUGAGGAGGAUUUUAAACCCAAGGGACCCAGCUGGCUGUACCACUCGGAUGCCAUCCGCACCUACCUGUCCCUGAUGGAUCACAGCAAGAAAGAUGCCACCCUGGAGGCUUGUGCUGGAGCCCUGCAGAACCUCACUGCGAGCCGAGGGCUGAUGUCCAAUGCCAUGAGCCAAUUGAUUGGGGUGAAGGAAAAAGGUUUGCCUCGCAUAGCACGGCUCCUGCAGUCCAACAGCUCCGAAGUUGUCCGGUCUGGUGCUUCUUUGCUGAGCAACAUGUCCCGACAUCCCAUCCUGCACAAAACCAUGGCUCACCAGGUGCUCCCAGAUGUAUCACGUCUCCUGUCAUUCCAGUCUGGAAAUACCAACAGCUAUGGCGAGAUCAUGACAUCAGCUUGUUACACUCUGAGGAACCUCAUCAUGUCCAAUCCACACCUGGGAAAGUGUUACUUGACAAGCAACAUGCUCAAUAAUGUAGUAAGCCUGUGCCGAAAUGGCUCCUGUCCAAAAGCAGCUGAAGCUGCUCGCCUCCUCCUGACAGACCUUUGGUCGAACAGGGAGCUCCAGAGUGUGCUCAAGCAGCAAGGAUUUGAUAAGAACAUGAUGGGAUCUUUAGCUGGGACGACCUUCAGGACUCUUCCCUCCAGAUUUUAGGAGCCUCUCCACACACAUUUGGGCUGCAGAGUUUGGAAUUGGUUCAUCUCCAGGAUCACACCCCGUUCACAGUUACUUAGGAUGUUAAAGAUGUAGAGUGUUUGUGAGUUAAACUCAACUGUAAAGCAAACCAAAGAUAUGGAUUUCAUGUGGAUC